AUGGAGACGGAACCCGAUCCAUCAACCUCAACUUCGACCCCCUCCGCACCCUCCACUCCUUUGACCCCGGCCAUAAACCCCAUCCUCGAUGAAGACAAAUACCGAGAGGAAGUCCUUCUCUCCCCCUCCGCAGAGGCAGAGCAAGCGCGGGCGCAACAGCUCUACCAUGAAGCCCUGCAGCUAGGGCUGAAGGUGCCGGGAGUCCGCGCGUCGGGAUCGUUGUCUGCUUCCGGAUCCGGGGUGGUGGCCGAUAUUUCGUCGCCUAUUUUGUCUUCAGGGUCUUCCACCGACCGAAACUCGGUUUUUGAAGACACCGACCAGACCAUUGGACCUGUCUCGCCCUCUCAAUAUGACCAUGUGGCCUCCUCUAUUUCGCAGAUUACUAUUGAUUCCGGUGCAAAGCCUGGGAGUACUCGAUCAAUGGCCUCCGCUUCGACUCGGCCCACUUCAUAUUAUUCUAUCGACAGCCAUACAGCCCCCGGGGCAACCCCCGGGGGGCUUGGAUACGAAGAUGCAUUGCGGCAACGGCGCAAUCGAAACUCACUGCUUAGUGUAGCUUCAGCUGAUAGGCAAGAGAAGCGGCGUAGCAGUUUUCGAUCUGCGCUGAGUCGGAUUCAUUUUCGCAAAAAGCGUACACCCGUACCUCCAGUCCCAAAUCUCCCCCCGGAUGUGCUAGCUAUGUAUAGCGGGGGACAGGACGGUGGUGAGCAUGUCCGUGUAGAUGGACAGCCAAGGCCCCGCACAAGCCACGCCGAUGAUUCGGAUCGAACGAGGACUCCGAGGCCACAUCCUACAGUAUAUGACAAGGAGGCACUUCAAAGGAGUUUAGAUCACCCGCAGUUGAAAGAGAUGCAGGAACUGCAUAAGAUGGAAAUGGAGAGGCAUAUGGAGUUUGAAGAGGCCGCUCUUCGCAUCCUCCGGCGCCGACAUGAGACCAUGAUUACUGAAAGAGAAUCCCUCAACGAGCGUGAGGAGGAUGAGAAGCGCGAAAAGAAUCUCGACGACACUGUUAAUAUCGAAGAACGUCAGCUUGCCGUGGAAAUGGAGCAGGAGCGGGAGUUUGAACGGGCCAAGUUGAAUUCCCGCACUCGAAUUAAGCAUAUGGAAGGUUACUUUCGCAAUGCAAGUCCGCCGCCCUCACCUGCAGGAACGAGGGAUCGCUCUUCGGAAUCAUUUUCCUCUGAGACAACAGACAGUACCGCGCCCACCCGCCGAUUCACCCAACAGCAGCGCGAGCAGCUGGAGCAACAAUACCACGACCACAAAGCCAUGGACCAUCUCCACGAGGCUCGGAUCAAAGUCUUGCGUGAUCGUCAAGAAAAGCGACUGCGAGAAGCGGUAGCGCGAAUGGAGCGCGAACUUGAUCAAUUGAUCAAACACAAUAUCCAGAAGCUGCAAGAUCUACAGAGCGAGCUCCACGAUAAAGAAAUGUCUCUGAUAGAUGCUCUUGAUGCCAAGAAAACGGAACUGCAGCAUCGGUGGCACUUGGAAGAAGCCGUUCUCCGCCGCAAGCUGGAAGUCGAGAGUGGACUGCCUUACGGCCCGUUGCCUCAGCUCUCUUUUGACAAGCACCCCGAAACUCGUGACUCUGCCAUCUGCGUGCAGGAAGGCGAAGCUGAAGAUCCCCCUGUUGAGCGGAGCAGCUGA